GUUGGAGCAAGUAUGUCUGUCCGGAGGCACAUUGGGAAUCCUGAGUAUCUGACCAAAAGGAUACCACAGAACCCGAAGUAUCAGCAUGUCAAGUCAAGAUUGGAUACUGGUAACAGUAUGACUAAAUACACUGAGAAGCUAGAAGAGAUCAAAAAAAAUUAUAGAUACAAAAAAGAUGAGCUUUUCAAGAGAUUAAAAGUUACAACUUUCGCCCAACUGGUCAUCCAAGUUGCUUCCCUCUCUGAUCAAACCUUGGAAGUGACAGCUGAGGAGAUUCAGAGGCUGGAAGACAAUGAUUCUGCAACUUUAGACCCAGAUACAGAAAUCACUACCAGGACCAAUGGGAAAGGGAGCCCAGGUGAACAUUCACCUAGCCCUGUCCAGUUAAUAAACAGCGUGGGAGCAGGGGACUCCAGUCGCUCAACUCUGCAGAGUGUCAUCAGUGGUGUUGGGGAACUGGAUCUUGACAAAGGGCUGGUAAAGAAACCAGAGCCUAAUGCCAAAGACAGACCUUAUCCUGACUGCCCCUUCCUGCUGCUAGAUGUGCGUGAUAGAGAUUCCUACCAGCAGUGCCACAUUGUUGGAGCUUACAGUUACCCAAUUGCAACUCUAUCUAGAACAAUGAAUCCUUAUUCAAAUGAUAUUCUUGAAUAUAAAAAUGCCCACGGCAAGAUCAUCAUUCUGUACGAUGACGAUGAGAGGCUGGCAAGCCAGGCAGCCACCACCAUGUGCGAGCGGGGCUUUGAAAACCUCUUCAUGCUUUCUGGAGGUCUAAAAGUCCUAGCUCAGAAAUUCCCAGAAGGACUGAUUACUGGUUCCCUGCCAGCAUCUUGCCAGCAGGCUCUUCCUCUUGGUUCUGCCCGGAAACGAUCCAGCCCCAAAGUACCACUCCUACCAGCUGAGAAUAAAUGGAGAUUUACCCCAGAAGACUUAAAAAAGAUAGAAUAUUAUCUGCAAGAGGAUCAAGGUCCUACAGACAAUCCUAGCCGGCUGAACCAAGCUAACUCCUCCGGAAGAGACUCCAAGGUGCCUGGUUCCCGCAGUGGACAGAACCAGCCCUCUGGGGGCCCUGCCAGCCACCCAAACCCCCGUUCACUCAGCAGUGGCCACCUGCAAGGCAAACCCUGGAAGUAAAGACUUUGUCUAGCUUAGUCAAAUAAAUGUUUUCCCUUCUUUCAGAACCCCUGAGCAGUUCCCAAGCUGGUCCUUUUCAGACACUGCUGCAGAAGAAAGACCACGAAACAUGGCACAGACCCUCUCCCCUCUCCCUGUCUCCAACUCCUUUCCCCACAACCACCUUGGGAAGGAUUUUGACAGGUGACCACAAAAACCAGAGGCGUGACAGGCUCUAGUGUCCUCCCUAUUGUUUACAGAAUAUUUAAGUCUUUGAAACUGAAUAGGAAAAAAGGACCUAACUUUUUUAGGCUUUUAUUUUAUUUGUUUUAAUAAGGUCCAGCUUAUUUGGUCUGUAUCCUGUAUUGUGUUAUAAAUAUUUCAGUCACAUCUGCUGGUGUGUUCUCCGCAACCCAUUUUUUCACUCACUGUUCUUGGUUUCCUAAAGGAUCCUCCAGGUAGGCUCAGCGUGAGAAGCUAUCCCCAGGGGUGCAGCUGAGCCUUAGCCUGCAGUUAACACACAGGGUACAGGCCCACUCACUAAGGAGCUCUCUUACCAGCAUAUUGCAGGCUCUGGUGUGAGUUUGGAGGCCGGCCGGAAAGCAUCUAGGCAUCGCUCAAUAUGCAGAUUAAGCAGAGUAGCUCUACUCUUCCUGAGUGCUCCCUUCCCUCAUUAGAUGUUUGCUUGGAGCAGAAAAGUGUGCACUCAGCUGUCUUCACACCAGCAGGAAAGCCCCGGCCAUGUGCUAGGAGCCCCUUGAAGCCCAACAGAGCUGCCCCUCGCUUGUGGUCUGUAUAUCAGUCAUAAAUUUCUAUUGCCAAGCUCGGGUCCAUCCUUGUUAGAUGAGCAGAAAUUAUGGCUACUUGAAAAUAUUAGCUUCGGUCAGGCAACUGGGAACACACGGGUGAAGAGGACUCCAAAGUCCGUUGUUAGGGCUGACAACCCCUUAAGCUCUUGUUUAAAAAUACAGUAUUAGUCUAAUUAAGUAAUUAGUGUGAUUUCCUGCUUACUUUUCAUUCUUAUGACUGAGCUGUGAUAAGGAGGUUGUGAUUAUAGAUUCUGGUUUUGGCCAGAAUUUUGAAUCAGCAUUGAUUGAAUUGCUAGGUGACUGACAUUCAUUCCAUUUAAUUGGGAGAACAAAAGACCUCAGGUAAGGAUGAGGAACUCUGAAAUCAUACAGAAAAGGAAAAGAGCCUUGUUGAUUUUUAUGGUCUAUGAUCGGAGCUGUGAUAAGGGACUAAGGAAUAAAUCGUGCUCUUUGUCAUGGCAACCAGCUUCUGAAAAGCCAACUGAAAAUUGCCUGUCCUUAGGUGGUUACUGCUGCUGGGUAAGAUUUGCCUUAACGGUACUAUUUUUUCACCACCAAAAAAGAAAAAAAGCACCACAGUAUUUCUGUCUGGGGCUGUGUUUGUAAGAGAAAUAAAUGUAAUAAAUAUUUCAUAGAGACAUAUGGAAAAAUAACUCUCAGA